CAUGAACCGCCAAACCUCAGACAGCUUUUCUUAUCAAGCCCAUUCAUCUCUCCCUCCUGUGCAAACCAAAAGAAUCUCUUCCGUUCCUUACAUGACCCAUCUCCUUUGACCUUUUCCCCUUCCAAUUAAGAAGCCAUAAAUCAAUUGUGUGCAAUCACAAUAAGUACAAAAUAAUGUGACCAUACUUUGUUUCUUCAACCUGGAGUGUACUACCACACUCCCCAGUACCCACAGAUCGAAAGAGACUGCUCUCCCCCUAUUUUACGUUAAUGCUAAUCAUCACAUUAUACGUCAUUUCUUAGUUACUCCAAAGAGAGAGAAGCUCAAGUUUUUACAUAAUUUGCAUGUUCAAGUUUGCCCCAGGAAAGUGAAGUCACGAGAGAGGAUUUUACCUGGAAAAUCUCCUGAAACUCCCCUUUUACUCUUCGUGAUUCAUAGUUUCCGAGAAAAAAGCAGAUUCAGAGCUCUGCUCUUUGAGCGUUAGCAGACAAAGUGACAAACCCUGAAAAACCCAGAAAGAAGAUGCAACCUUUUGCUUUCUUAACAUUCUCUAUUUUGUUCUCCGCGUUUUUUCAUUGCUCCUUUCCUGGUUUACACGCCGAGCCGGUUGCCGGUCACGACCAACCGUUAAACCCAGGCGAAUAUUUGAUUCCAAACACGGUCCCGGCCUUCCCGGUCCAAACAGAGGCGCAGAGGUGCCGACUUGACCUCUCAGCCGAGCUAUUCGGCGGCGUGAAUGACGCGUGCGGUAGAAACUUGGACCGGAGCCGUUGCUGUCCUGUUUUAGCGGCAUGGGUCUUCGCCGCUCACGCCCGGUCCGCUCUCCAGGUCGCUGCUCCGGCUCCUGAAGCCGAACCGGAUCUUCCUAUGAUGCCGGACGACUCGGAGAAGUGCGUGAACUCGCUACAAAGCGCAUUGCUGAGCAAGAACGUGAAGAUUCCAAAACCGAACGCGACCUGCGAUCCUAUUUUGUGCUUUUGUGGAAUAAGGCUUCAUCAAAUUAGCUCGCUUAGUUGCCCCGCCGCAUUUAAUGUCUCUUCAGUCUUUCAUAAUGUGACUCCCACUGCUGCUGUCAAGAAUUUGGAGAAGAAUUGCAGAAAUUCCUCGUACGCAGGGUGUACCAGGUGCCUUGGUGCCCUAGAAAAGCUAAAAGGCGGAGUCAAGAACGGAACUGACCACAGCACGAGCGAGAGGGCCAAAGAGAUGUUCAGCAGGGACUGUCAGCUCAUGGGGCUGACGUGGCUACUUGCCCGUAACAAAACGGCGUACAUACCGACUGUUUCUGCUGUGCUACGCGCCAUCAUGUACAGUGCGCACCCACCGCACCAGUCCAAAUGUAGUCCUGAUCAAGAGAACAUGCCGUUAGCCGUUGAUUCGCUGCAGUUCGAGAGGUCCCCAUCAUCUUCUUCAACCUUACCAUCGCCUCAUUUUUCAUUGUUUACCAUUUUGUCCUUAAUGAUUUUGCUUUCUCUGUUUGGGAAGGGGUUGGGGUAG